CAUCAAUGGCGGAAUAAGCUUACUUGUAAUAGCCAGGCAUCACCACCACGAGUGAAGAAGAAGAAGAAGAAGCCACUGCACAUAUUAGGAAGACGAUAGAGAUACCUCUUUCUGUGUGUGUUUGUUUUUUGAGCUUUUCUUCGCGGCUUCCACGAAGAAGCUGAACUCACAGGAGAUGGAGAAGACAGAGAACGAGAAGAAGCCAUCGGCUGUAUCCGACGUCGGAGCAUGGGCGAUGAACGUUACGAGCUCCGUUGGGAUCAUCAUGGCGAAUAAACAGCUAAUGUCAACAGCUGGUUUCGGCUUCAGCUUCGCGACGACUCUCACGGGAUUUCACUUUGCUCUCACCGCUCUCGUUGGUAUGGUGUCAAACGCGACUGGCUUAUCUGCAUCUAAGCAUGUUCCUCUUUGGGAGCUUCUUUGGUUCUCACUCGUUGCUAAUAUCUCAAUUGCUGCUAUGAAUUUUAGUCUCAUGUUAAACUCUGUUGGUUUCUACCAGAUUUCGAAAUUGAGCAUGAUUCCGGUUGUUUGCGUGAUGGAAUGGGUUCUGCAUAGCAAGCAUUACUCGAGAGAAGUGAAGGCAUCUGUCAUGGUUGUCGUUGUAGGAGUUGGGAUUUGUACUGUGACUGAUGUCAAGGUUAAUGCCAAAGGUUUCAUUUGUGCUUGCACUGCCGUUUUCUCCACUUCUCUCCAGCAGAUCUCUAUAGGUUCACUGCAGAAGAAAUACUCAAUUGGAUCUUUUGAGUUGCUGAGCAAGACAGCUCCAAUCCAAGCCGUUUCACUUCUCAUCUUUGGUCCAUUUGUUGACUAUUUCUUGAGUGGCAGAUUCAUUACUACUUACAAGAUGACUUAUGGUGCCAUCUUAUGCAUUCUUCUCUCCUGCGCAUUGGCGGUUUUCUGCAACAUAAGCCAAUAUCUCUGCAUCGGAAGAUUCUCUGCUACCUCAUUUCAAGUUCUUGGUCACAUGAAAACAGUCUGUGUCUUAACAUUAGGAUGGCUUAUCUUUGACUCAGAGAUGACAUUCAAGAACAUAGCAGGUAUGGUCUUAGCCGUGGUGGGAAUGGUUAUAUACAGUUGGGCGGUGGAGUUAGAGAAACAGAGAAAGUCGAAAGUGACACCGCAUGGUAAACACAGUAUGACAGAAGAUGAGAUUAAACUUCUCAAAGAAGGAAUGGAACAUAUGGAUUUGAAAGACAUGGAGCUAGGAAAUAAUAAAGCAUAAAUAAAGCUCCUUCAGGACAGAAGAUUUUUGGGUUUUUUUGGUUUCUCAUUUCACCACCAUGUAACUUUUUUUUUUACCCUUUCAUUUGUUCUUUGUCCCAAAGAACCUUAAUAGCCCUCUAUUUGAUGAGCUCUCCUCUGCAGAGCACAUUCUUUUUUUUUUUUCUAUAGAAAUAUAUAAAAUUUCUAUCUUCUUUGCAUGAA